AGCACAGAAGAACAUCCUCCGCACACACACCACAGCCGUUAGUACUCGCAUGCUCUACAAGAUAGGACAGCAGGAGAAGUUUACUCCCGUCAAAUACUUCUCUAUCGAUCAUGUGUUUCGCAACGAGACACUGGAUGCUACUCACCUGGCAGAGUUUCAUCAGAUUGAGGGAGUGGUGGCCGACUAUAACCUAACACUGGGUGACCUCAUAGGAGUGCUUAAUGCUUUCUUCCGCAAAAUCAGCAUCACUCAGCUCCGGUUCAAGCCUGCCUACAACCCUUACACUGAACCGAGCAUGGAGGUAUUUAGUUAUCACCAAGGUCACAAAAAGGCUCAAGAAGUGGGUAACUCCGGUGUGUUCAGACCAGAGAUGCUCCUCCCCAUGGGACUCCCCGAGGAUAUCACCAUCAUUGCCUGGGGGUUCUCUCUAGAGAGGUCAGGUAUAGAGACAAUAGACGACACAGUACAAGCUCUGUUAAUGAAGAUAGGGAAGGAAGAGGUAGCGAGUGAUCAGUUGAAGGAGUUUAAGAAGAGGAAGCUCAUAAACAAUGAGUGUGAUAAUGUGCCUCAUAGUGAUGAAAGGAAGCCACUCAAAUAG